AUGGAGCAUGUAGCAGUGCAAAUGGAGCGUGAUCUGCGCUCCAAAUACAGCCAUUUGAUGAUAAAAUGGUAUGAGGCCGUAAAUUGGACGGAGCCACUUAUCAUUUCCCUGCUUACAUUUCAUGUGGUACUGAUGGCUACACUUUGGCUCACGCGAAAAAAGCUAAGCAUUCAAUUUGCGCUGUUCGUGCUUAUCAUCCUGAUGGCGACAGGCACCGAGACGAUAAACAAAUGGGCGAGAGAAAACUGGCGCAUAUUUGCCACUCAGCCUUAUUUUGAUGAGCAGGGUGUCUUUAUGGGUAUCUUUUAUGCGGGACCGCUCUUAGCUUCAGGUUUUUUCCAACUGAUAUUGAGCAUGAAAAAUAUGGUGGACAUGAUAGUGAUAGUGAAAAAAGCCGAGUACCGACAGCAACUUAUGGCCAAGAAGAGUAAGUGA